GUAAUGUGUUAGUAAGUACCUCCAAUGCUCUGUAACCCAUAUCAAACGUGCGAUGUUGAAUGGGACUCAUUUACCCAAACAGUAAUGCUAAAUUGACCAAGUUCAUGUGCAUUCCAAACAGGUCAUUAAAAUAGCAGUAACCCAACGGUGGCUCGGAUUGCAAAGGCUUGUAGCUUUAAGAAAAAACAAAAACAGGCUACAGUUAUACAUCAAGUGUAAAACUUGGUCGAAUCAUUUCCUCUGCGUUUCUUCAUAUCCGGUUUAGGUAGUUCUAACCAUUGCUAUGCAAGCAGCAGGGAUACCAUACAAUCUAUAUAGUAGUAAAGUCCUACAGCACCCAUUUGCAUAUACUUGACAAGAUUUCAAUCCCUCAACUAACUUCACUAAGCAGUUUUCAUGUAAAGGAUAGCUGUCUACCAAUUUGGCUGUAAAUAGUGCUUGCCACAUCAUUAUGUCUGAAUUUUGUUCCCCUUGUCAUUCAAUCUACGAAUGACAGGUGAUUCCAUGAUGACAAGAGAGCAUAAUUAACUGCACACGUGGUCAGAAGUUUGGAAGUUUCAGAGUGACAGAACACAAAAACAGGUUUUCUUCUACGAAAGCUUAAGUGGGUACUCUUGGAGACAUGACUUACUCACAUGCAAAGGGACACCUGUUGAUUUUAGUAUGGUGUUUAGCAACCAGCUAUUCGGCUUUUGCAUACAAUUUCAUUUCAGGAACACCAGAUGGAUCUGAAGCGUGGGGUUAUAUUGAAGUCAGGCCGAAGGCCCACAUGUUCUGGUGGCUUUACCACAGUCCUGGAGGUACGAGGAAUUCAUGGCCCCUUAUUCUGUGGUUGCAAGGUGGACCGGGCUCUUCAGCUGUUGGAAUAGGAAAUUUUCAAGAAAUUGGCCCAUUGAACACUAAAUUGAAGCCUCGGGCAUCAACUUGGUUGCAAAAAGCAGAUCUUUUAUUCCUGGACAGUCCUGUUGGUUCAGGUUUUAGCUAUGUGGAAAAUGACACAUUGGUGGCUCAUACGGAUGCUGCAGCAGCAGAUGAUCUGUUAACAUUUCUCAAGGAAUUUGAGAAAAUAAACAGAACCUUGCAAAACAGACCUAUUUUUAUAGUUGCAGAAUCAUAUGGAGGAAAGCAUGCAAGUAUGCUCGGUCUUGCCUUGAGCAAAGCUAUUGCUGCUGGACAACUUAUGGUCAAACUUGGAGGAGUUGCUUUAGGUGAUAGCUGGAUUUCGCCUGUAGAUUAUGUGAUUUCAUGGGGACCUGUACUUAAGGUUGUAUCACGACUGGAAGACAUUGAUAAGGCCCACGGUGUUGCUCUGGAAAUUCAGGAUCAGGUAGCAAAGGGGAAGUAUCUACAAGCAAAAGACUCUUGGUCCAGACUUCAGUAUAUAAUUAGCUCUAAUAGCAAUAAUGUGGAUUUCUACAAUUUUCUCCUUGAUUCAAGGGAUGAUCCUGUUUCAUCAGUAGUAGACGCCUUAGAAAGUGGGACUCCUAGACAUUACUUGCGAUAUCUGAACUUCAAAACAAAUUCGAAAAAAGAUGAAUCAAAUUUUGACCUACAAGCAUUUAUGAAUGGAGUGAUCCGUGAAAAACUGAAGAUCAUCCCACCAAGCAUAAAAUGGGGUGCGCAGUCAGGUCUUGUCUUCGAAGCACUCGGAAAUGACUUCAUGAAGAGUACAGUCGAUGAGGUGGAUGAACUCUUAUCUCGAGGCGAAAAAGUGACAAUUUACAAUGGGCAGUUGGAUUUGAUCUGUGCAACAAUGGGAACAGAAGCUUGGGUUCAACGAUUGAAGUGGAAGGGAUUGGCAGAAUUCAAUUCCAAAAAACGCACUCCACUCUACUGCAACGGUUCACAGACAUAUGGGUUUAUCAAAUCAUACAGCAAUCUACAAUUCUUCUGGAUUCUCGGGGCAGGGCACUUUGUACCUCUUGAUCAACCAUGUUUGGCUCUGAAAAUGGUCGAUAUGAUCAUAAACAUGGUGAGACAGUGAUGUAUCAACGCCUUUGCUCCGCUGUUAUGUGUUUGAAAAAUUAAGAUUUACAUUUAUAAUUAAGUCAAUCUUAGUGGCUUAUUUUAAUGUUAGUUUGGAGUUAAUUUUCUGUAAUAUCUGUAAUAAGAAUGGGAAAGUUAUGGGAAUGCAAUGAUCUAUAAUUAUUUGCACAAUUCAUUGUAAAGUCUUAACAAAUUCAAUUUUAUUAUUAUUCAUGUUUAUUAAUGUGCAA